UCUCAUCUUCUUCAGGCUUUUCUCUGAAACUCAACCCACAAUACGGCAAAAACUAACAUAACACCCCAACAACGACUCCCCACAAAAUCAAGAAAAAUAUCACCAUCGACGAGAAAACAUGAGCUUUGCUAACUGUUCAAAAAUGGCACCACUCGGUUCUGCUCUCUGUCCAUCAACUUCUCUCUUCUUCUGUAAAACCAAACACCAAGUUUUCAAAAUCAGCUCACAACCCAGAAAGCGCAUUCUCGAGAUUUGCGUGAAUUCCAGCUUCUCAAGCAAAAACAGUAAACUCAGAGCAGUUUCUGAAGUCUCUGCCAAAGAAGCAACGAGCUUUGGGUUCAAAAACUUGACAGAGACUUUCUGGGUGGAUGUGCAGAGAGCAGAGGAGAGACCUUUAAGGGUCAAAGUAGUCAAUAAUAAUGAUCCAUUUUCCAGAAACGUGGAAAACGUGGCAAUUAGAGUUGAGCUGAGCAAUGGUUGCGUCGGUUGGGGCGAGGCGGCGGCGGAAAACUUAGCGGCGGCUCUGGCUAAGGCCAAGGAGGCGUGUGAGUUUCUGCGGCGGAGCCCGGCCAUGACUUUGAAUUCGGUGUUUGAAGAGAUUGGCGGGAUUCUUCCUGGACAGGAAUUUGCUUCUGUCAGGGCAGGAGUGGAAAUGGCACUGAUUGAUGCUGUUGCUAACAGCAUUGAUGUGCCUCUUUGGAGAUUAUUUGGCGGUGUUUCAAAUAGCCUAACAACUGCCAUAACAAUUCCAAUUACGUCGCCAGCUGAAGCUUCUGCAAUGGCCUCAAAGUACUGCGCAAAAGGAUUCGAUACUAUGAGGUUUAACUUAAGAUUGAAUCUAAUUGAAGAGUUGAAAGUCAUUAAAGCGGUACAGGUCGCUCAACCUCAUUGCUUAUUUAUCUUGGACGCAAACGAAAAGUACACUUUGGAAGAAGCUCUUAUAGUUCUCGAGAAGUUAGAUGAGAUGGGUAUAAAGCCGAUUCUCUUUGAGCAACCAGUACACAGAGAUGACUGGAAUGGUCUUGCUAACGUUCGUGGCAUUGCUAGAGAAAAAUACGGAAUACAUGUUUCUGCAGACGAAAGCUGCCAGACUUUGAUUGACGUUCAGAAAGUUGUCCAAGACGAUAUUGUGGAUUUUGUCAACGUGAAACUGGCUAGAUUUGGAGUUCUGGGCAGCCUCCAAGUAGUUGAGAUUGCAAGAAAAUCAGGGCUGAGUCUUAUAAUUGAUAGCAUGGUUGAGACUAGACUUGCCAGUGGCUUUGCUGGCCAUUUGGCUUGUGGGCUUGGCUGCUUCAAGUACGUGAAUCUAGAUGCGCCUUUUAUGCUUUCAGACGAUCCGGUUUUUGGUGGUUAUGAAGUUUCUGGACCGGUUUACAAGUUCACUAAUGCGAGAGGCCAAGGUGGUUUCCUUAAGCAGGACGCUGUUGCCCAAAAAUUGUAAAGGAGCUUAUGGGGAGCUCGUUUAAACUUUUGGGUUUCAGAUGUAAAUGUUUUCUGGACUAAAGCAGGUAUAUCAGUAACAUUUCUCAGCCUCCAGGCCCAGGGGAAUCUCUUUAGCCCCUUCCCUUGUCAAGAAUAUUUAUGUAAACUGGACAUAACAAACUUCCAUGCCGUUAUUUGCCCCACAUAAAAUUUAAAAAAAAAAAAAAAAAGAGUGAAUCUCGU